GGUGGUGGAGGGAGGAAGCUCGCUCCCGCGCGUCCUCGGGAUGGGCGGCCCGCGGACGACCCUGUCUGUCUUCCUUAUUUUUGUGCCUGUGUAUCUGCAUGGGGUUCUGUCUCAGGAAGCCGGCCCUGCAGCGCAAAGAAAACCAUUUUUCGAGAGGCUCCGCAGACUAGAAGAGCAGUUUCGGAGGCUCCAAGAGGUGACCCUCACACACCUGCGGGGCCUUGCCAGCAACUACAACCUGUCCUACGACAUUGACACUCGGUUCCAGAGCCUGGCCCUGGAGACCCAGGCCGUGGCCCUGGCCGUGAACCGGUCACAGGCCGCCGUGCAGGGCGACCUGGGCCGUCUCAAGACCUGGAUGCAGAAGUCACAGCGCAGGAGCCGGAAGCUGGACUCCAGGCUGCUGGCCUUGGACUCCGCCCUGAGUGACAGGGACAGGCAGCUGGCCCAGGCGGGGAAGGAGCGGGAGGCACAGGGGGAUGGCCUCGCCGGCCUGGGCCUGGCCCUGCGGGCCCUACAGGACACGGUGGCCGGCCUCACGCACCUGGUGCAGAGCCAGGGCGCCAGGCUGGCUGCUCUCGAGGGACGGCUGCAGGUGGCCCGUCCUGGCGCCGUGGCCCCGGGGCCGACUCCGGCCCUGCCCCCGCCCCCGCCGCUGCCCCUGCCCCAGCUGGGGCUGCCAAGCCCAGGCUCCCCGAAGCUGCAGAGGGGUGGGCAGGCACUCAGAGCUCCGCCUGAGCCCGGGGACCCACCUCAGGACUUCGCCGGCCGUCUCCAGGGGACGCGGGAGCCACCAGGCCCAGGCAGCCGGCGGACCCGGCCGCCCGAGAGACCAGGAGAGACCUGCAACGUGGGCCCCGUGCUCGUCUUCCCCAACACCUCCACCCAGAACGUCGCCUUCCUGAGCCCCGGCUUCCCCGCAGGCCUGCGGGCCCUGUCUGUCUGCAGCUGGGUCCGCGUGGCCUCGGGCCACCUGGGCACCCUGCUCUCCUACGCCACCGAGGAGAAUGACAACAAGCUCGUGCUGCACGGCAGGGACUCCCUGGUCCCUGGCUCUGUCCACUUCGUGAUCGGAGACCCGGCCUUCAGGGAGCUGCCCCUGCAGCCACUGCUGGACGGCCGGUGGCACCACGUGUGUGUCAUCUGGACGUCCACGCUGGGCAGGUACCGGCUCCACGUAGACCGCAGGCUAGUGGCCACCGGCUCCCGCUUCAGGGAGGGCUACGAGAUCCCUCCAGGGGGGUCGCUUGUGCUGGGCCAGGAGCAAGACAGCGUGGGGGGUGGGUUCGACAGCUCCGAGGCCUUCGUGGGGAGCGUGGCGGGCCUGGCCAUAUGGGACCGGGCGCUGGUCCCCGGGGAGGUGGCAAGCCUCGCCACGGGGAGGGGGCUCCCUCCGGGCGCUAUCCUCACGCUGGACGACGCCCACCGGGUGGGCGGAUUCGUGCAGAGGGUGAACUGCAGCUGCCUGGCGCUCUGUCCCUGAGGCUUUGUUCUCGGGCUGGA